AUGGGCAACAAGACCCUGUUCCAGCUGCUCAUCUUCCUCCGCCAUCCAUAUGCAAUAUCCACCGAGACCGUGGCCUCGGUAGCCUUGCCUCCGCUCACAUACUCGGCCAACGGCUACCGGGCGGUGACAAGGCUGGGUGGGCGGAGCGUGUCGUGGUGGGCCGUCGACGCCGUCCUCACCGCCCACGCGCCGGUAAUCGUCUACGCAGCGUAUCUGUACUCGGACGACUUUGUGGUCCUGGACGAGCUCCAUCUUCCUCUGCUCCAUGCUGAUGCACCGGCCUGCUACGCCUAUGAUGCCCUCGCUCUCGUUCCCUCGCCGGCCUGCUCCUCACCGAACGCCCUUCGCACCGCUGCCGUCGCUGCUGCUCCUCCUCACGCUUCGCCGCUGGCAUGGGAGACCAUCCACGCUGAUGACGGCAGCUGGCGGCUAGUGUGUGCCUGCCCAAACCAUGGCGCUGGCUGGUACCGCGUCCGCUCGGGCCACACCGACGACGUGGUGGUCUCGAUUGCUCCGCCCGCUCUGGCCCUGCUCUCGCUCGAUCCCGACGAGUCUGUCCCCGACGACGUACACCUCCACGCCUAUGCGCUCAUGGCCACAGGCUUGGUGGCCCGUGUCGAGCUUGUUUAUCGCAACACUCCGGUCGUCGUCUCGGUCCCACAUCUUGCGCCAGACGGCGCGCUCCGCGUCGUUCUCCACAAUGCAUCGACAUGGCGCAACCUGGCCAAUGCCGAGGCCGCCCUCCCCUACGCCCGCCUCUCCGCCAAGCUCGCCCUCGAGAUCCCGCUCUUUAAUCUCCCACUCCGCUCACAUGACUUUGUCGACUGGUGCCAUCGCCCGAAGAGGCCCGCUUGUCUCCCCUCACUUGCUCACCUCGCAGCCGCGGCCGCCGUGCCGAACCUGGCAAGCUUUCCCGACGCACAGCUCGCCGCGGCGCCUCUCGAGGUCCGCGCCGUUCUCCUUGAUCACGCCGUACAGUUUAUGGCCGAACUUGGAGCUGCCUUUGGCCCGCUUGUCCUCUCGCCGCGCGCACUCCUCGCCGUUCUGGUCAGCCUCGCGCCGCCGAACCAGUUCUCGCUCGCGUACUGGGCCUGGCUCCCCGCAGCCAUUCCUCGAGCGCAGAUCUUGCACACCUAUCUGUUUGACGUGCUCGGCAUUGGCAUGCCUAAUAGGCCAGCAUCGCUGAAAGUGCUCUCCCUGGCCGGCGGCGAGCCUGUUGUCCCGCGUGAUGACAGUGCCAUUGCCGCCGGCGACGCCGCCUGGGCCUAUCCGCUCGGCGAGUCAUCGGAGCUGGCCGACGUCAUGCCGUCAGGCGUCUCGCCGUUCAGCGGCGCCUCGUCGUGUGCGCUGAGCCUCGAUGACGUCGUUUCCCAGGCCAUGGCCGUCUCGGACCUUUGCUCGCCGCUGGCCACCCUUGGCCUUGUCUCACUCGACCUCUCGCACUGCACCGAUGUGAGCGGUGCGACGCUCGCGGCAGUCGUCGGCGAGGUGGUUUGCGGCGGUGUGCUCCGCAGCCUUGCCAUUGCCGGUUGCGUCCAUCUCUCGCUUGACGAGCUGGCGGCGCUCCUUGACGCUGCCAGCACGGCCGAGUUGACCAGCCUCGACGUGUCGGCCCUGUCGCCCGAGCUCCAAGCCACGGCCUGCACGACUGUUUGCCGCAGCAUGACCUCGCUGCAGCAACUGGCUCUCCGCGAGUACACUGCACUCCCGCCCGGCGCUGCAGCCGAUUUGGGGGCUGCCUUUGACACUGUCUCUGGCUUUGACCUCAACAUCAGCGGCUCGUCCAGCCUUAAUCUGCUUGAUCUCGGCUCGCCGGUGCCAUGGGGUGUAGUCCGCGCCAGUGGCACCGCCCCCAUAGACCUUGCCGACCUGCUCGACGUCUUGUCCGCCGCAACCGUCAUCUCCGUGAGUGUCUCCGGAUGUGCCCGCGCACUGAGCGCGCCACGGCCGGCUCCCCUCACCGACCUCGAUCUUUGCAGCUGCUACCAUGAGCUGAUGUCGGAGAUGGAAGGCGAGGUCAUGCUCGAUGCCCUGAUUCCGCUCCUCACUUCUUCUCUGCUCUCUCUCCACCUCCCGUCAUGGGCACCGGUCGACGAUGCGUUUCUGGCAGCCCUCAGCGAGUCUGCAACAUCACUGGCUGCUGGCGCUGCCGUCGCCGAGUGGAUGGACCGGGCCCACGCUCUAGCUUCGGUCUGUCUUCACGGGCUCAAGGGUGAUGACCAAGGCGGCGCGCUGGCCGAGGUUCUGGACGCAGUCCGCGGAUUCGACGCCGACCGUGCAAGCGUGGGGCGAGCGCUGGAGUCUGUUGUCCUCCGUGUCGGCUCGGCGGACGAUGUGGUUCUUCCGCCCGAUGCACUGGGCGGCACCGAGGUCGACGGCUUGGACGCGGUGCGGUGCGUGGUGAUCCGAGUGUGAGAGGAGAGCAGGUGUCUUUAGCUUUAGUUCGAGGGAUUUGUGGACGCGCCCGAGUCGCGGCGGAGCCUGUCCAUGGUGCUGGCUUCGCGACGGAGUCGGGCGAUGGAGUGCUCUGAGGCACCCGAGUCGCGGCGGCCACGGUCACUGGCGUCGUCUUCCAUGGCAGUGACCUGUUUGAGCUGGCGCUCAGAGAGGUCGUUGAGAGCGGCGACUGAGAUGUAGGUGUACGUUCCCCAUGCGUGCUUGGUGUUGAGCGAGUCAAGCUCCUUCUCGACAUCAUCGUCGCCGGUAAAGGUAAUGAGCGAG